AUGGUGGUUCUUAUGAAACAGGGUCUCCGUUCAUUCAUCCCAGUGAUAUUCUUGCUCUACAGGGAGUGGUGGUUGUGGUGAUCCAGUAUCGUCCCGGUCCAUUUGGCUUUUUAACCAUCGGAGAUUCUGUGUCUUCUGGAAACUAUGGAAUGUUGGAUCAAGAGGAAACACUAAAGUGCAGCGGGUCAAGUCAAACAUGAAGCAUUUUGGUGGGAAUCCCAGCAAGGUUGCCUUUUUUGACGCAAGCGCAGGCGGAUCUAGUGUGGGUCUUCAUCUGUUAUCUCCUCUGUCAGAGGACCUUUUCCAUCAAGCCGUUGUAGAGAGAGGUGUAGAACUAACUGGGCAACAAUGCCAAUUUAAGUCGCAGUACAUUUCCCCAAAGAAAAUUCUCAAAAACUCAUCUGUCAAUCUGGGCAAAACGAAGGAAUGAUAGACUGCUUGAUGCUUGAGCAAGAAAGACGCUAAGGACAUACUUGGACACACUCUAUUUUGCCUCGGCAGUAGACGACAACUUCCUUCCCGACACCCCCCCCCCAGAAGUCUUUGCAAGAGAGUAGACUUCAAGAAUGCGACACUACGGAUGCUCCGCGUCACCGUUUUGCAAAUUUCUUUCCGAUGAUGGCAAGUCUCUAAAAUGGCGUAAACCAGGCCAAUUUCAAAAUAACUCUAAAUAGCCUGGCCGAGCCUGGCCCGUAGUAGAAACAGUGGAUAAGUUACCUUAUUUUAGGCAAUGGAUAUGCAUGGCAUACGCAUAAGAGAAUGCGAAUCAUGUUGUCAUAAUUCCGUGUUGCAAACUCGAUCAAGUGGGUAAAAGUAGGAGUUGAAGAUCGGGCUUCCAGGUCGUCAUUGCGCCACCCUGCCUUGUUGAUUGAUUGAUAUGGCAGAGAUUCAAAUUCGCUUUACUUUAUCCUCCCUAAGUCUAAGCCUUUCCUCCCAUGCCACGUCCUUAAGAAUGUAUUCCAGUUAAUAGUCUCAGUUUAAACUAAGUUUCCUUUUUCCAAAAAGCUUAACUUCAAGUUUGUCAUUUUCACUGACAGAAAUCGACCGUCCCCUAAGGUCUAUUACAAUGUUUUUCCCUUUCUCAUAAACACUGCCAAGCUCAUUGCGGACGCCUUAGAAUUUAUGUACACCCCGUGACCUAAUGAACAACGGCAAAUAUACACCCUAAGAAGGCAACGAGCAGACCUCAUUGGUGAUUAUCCCAUUGUGGCGCCAUGAGAUUACCGAUACCCACAGCCAGGUUGCUCCUGUGAAUCUGUGCGAGUUCGCCCACCAUUCCAUACAUGAUUUUUCGGCAAAGUGGCUGGGUGUGGUCCAUGGGGCCAACUACCCAUAUGAUUUUGGAAUUUCAUUUUUAUCAGGUCCUUCCAUACAAUACUGCUGCUCUUUCUUAGCCGUUAAAUGGAAAACAGAAAAUACGGUUAAUACGGUCAUCAAGGGGCCUAAACAUUUUGGCCGUGGUAACGGGUGACCGUAUUAACGAGCGUUUAUUUGCAAGAAAAAGUAUGGUCGUUUAGCCGGGCGGCGAAAAAAAGAGGCCGUAAUAACGAGGUGGCCGUAAGGCGGGGUUCCACUGUAAUUUUUAGUCGUUAUUGUAUCUCUUUCUUAUAUACUACUAUAACUUUAAAAACUUAUUAGUGAUCAAAACAACAGUAUUCUCUAGUAUCGCUGAUGACUUAAGUGUAUGACUUAAUUAUUUAGCGGUUACCGAUGACAUUAAGCCUUAAAUGAUAUGCAUAGUUUCACAAUGGAGUCAAAUCAGCUCGUAAAGUUCAACCGCCACAGUAGUUUAGUUAAUUCAAUUUCACAGGAGCUUUAGGGUUAAGGUAAAGCCUUCCUUUUUAAAGUGAAUUUCUGGUGCAAAAUUCUUUCAUGGCCGAUGACGUUCCUUUGGCAUCUCAUAAGAGACUUCUUUUCAUAUUGGCCCUGGCUUUAAUUUUACCCAAGCAAUAAAUAUAACUUUUUCUACCUGACAAUUCUUCUUUGCUGUAUAAUUGUUUAUUCACUUAUAAAACUUGUCUCUUUUGUUACAAUUAUUAUAAGGGAACGUGGUUAACAUCACUGACAACUAGAUACACACAAAUUGUAUUUUGUAUUUGUAUUUUAUUUUUUUUUCACCCUAUAAUACAUUAGUUGUACAAUAAUACAAUAGUUGUACAAUAUUUAUAAUACAUUAGUUGUACGAUAUCAAUUGGUACAAAGUUGCUUAAACUACGUGUACUUAAUAAUAAUAAUAAAAGAAGAAAAUUAGAAUGGAGAAGGGCACAUUAUAGUAAAACUAAUCAUGGCCCUUUAACAAGAUUGACUUUAUUCUUUUGUAGUUUUGUUGUUCAUUAAAACACAAACACGCACGCACGCACACACACACGCACACAAGUCAAUAUUGAGCAAGAUAAUAUUUUUUAAGUGCCUUUUUGAACAGCAUUUUCGAUGAUUUAUUGCGAAUAGAAAGGGGGAGAUCGUUCCAAUAGUAUUUUCCAAUGACGGUAGGGCAAAACUUUCGAAUAUUAAUUCUUGAGUGGGGAAUGUGUAAUUGCUGAGCAGAUGCACUUCGUGUAAAAUAAUCAUGUUGCUCAGAUACAAGAAAUAAUGGAAAAUUACACGGCUUAUUAUCAGAGACAUAAUCAUAUAAAAACAAACAAUUGUAAAUUUUAACAAUAUCACGAAAUUUUAAUAAACCUAGAUGAGCAUAAUGAGGAGUGAUAUGAUCUCGUAAAGGAACGUCAUUCGUUAUUCUAACUGCUUUAUUUUGUAGACGUAUGAGCUGUGAUAAUGGAUUAUCAUAAUUAUUUCCCCACAAUAAGCAACCAUAUAUGAGAUAUGGGUAAACAAGAGAAUAGUAAAUACUAGUUAAACAUUGAUUUCCUAGAUAACUUUUUAUCUUUGUCAUAAUAUUAAUACUUACUGACUUUAUCACAAACAUAGUCGAUAUGGUCAUGCCAGGAUAGGUGGCUGUCAAUAUAGAUACCUAAGUAUUUAAUUUUGGAUACUUGCUCUAAGCAUUGGCCAGCUAUCGAUAGCGAAGGUAAUAAAUUAUAAUCUACUUUCUGACGAGGUUGAAUGAUAAGAUAUUUAGUUUUUCUUAGAUUUAAGGUUAAUUUAUUUGCACAUAGCCAGUCAUAAAUAUUAGGUAGUUCUUUAUUUAUCUUUAAUAAGAGUUCGUCUAUAUUUUUAGCUGACGCUGUUAAAGAGGUAUCGUCUGCAAAUAGUCUCAUGGAGAAGAAAUCAGAAGAUUGAGUAAAGUCGUUUAUAUAUAUCAAGAAUAAGAACGGUCCUAAAAUUGAUCCUUGAGGUACACCAGAAGAAAUUGGCAUGGUGUCAGAAAUGUUACCAUUUACAAAAACUCUCUGCUUUCUUUUAUUAAGAUACGAUUUGAACCAGUCGAUAUGAGGUUUUUGAAUGCCAAAGAACGAUAGCUUUGAUAAUAAAAUCGAAUGAUUGACGGUAUCGAAUGCUUUACUCAGAUCUAAAAAUAUUGAUACAGCAUAAUCUCCUUGAUCUAGAGAGGUAGAGAUUUCUUCAAUGAGAUCAACAAGACAGUCCACAGUGGUACUGCCUGGCUUAAACCCAUAUUGAGUAGGAGUGAUAAUAUUUUCAGACGAAAAAUAAGAUAUAAGUUGAUUAUAAAUACAUUUUUCAAAAACUUUACUUAAUACUGGAAGAACUGAUAUUGGUCUAUAAUUAUCACACAGUGAACGGGAUCCCUGUUUAAAGAUAGGAAUCACUUUAGCGAGUUUUAGAUUAUCAGGAAAAGUUCUUUGCUUGAUGGACAAAUUAAUUAUACACGUUAUAGGACGAAAAAUUUGAAAUGCUCCAACUGAGGCCAAAAAAGGGUGAAGUUUAUCUACACCAAACGACUUUUUACCAUCAAGAUUAUCAAGAAUUAGAAAAACUUCUAUUUCAUGCAUUAAUGUAAAACUAAAUUUAGAUCCAGUCGAUUUUAAAAAAGAGCCAAAAUAACGAUUUGAUUUAGGCAGUUUAGAGGCAAGUCGACUAGGUAUGUUGCAGAAAUAUUUAUUUAUAACAUUAGAAAUAGAAUUUGGUUGUAAAUAUUCUUUGUCAUCAAUUUGGAGUUGGUCGAUAUGACAAGAAGGGCGGCUUUUGUUAAUAAUGAAGUUUAUAUUAUCCUACAUUUUCUUUGUGUCGUACAUAUCUGAUUAGUAUGCGCCUCGAGAGAUUUUUAUAUUUGCCUGGGUGCGGUGUGUAUGGUAUCUUUUUGUCCUUCUUUCAACUUUUAACCUCCUCAAGUGUUUUUUUUAGAAAUAAAACGCAACUUUUGCGGGCUAUUGGCGUUUUACUCGUCCGUAACGAUUUUUAUUUAUUUUUUCUUUUAUUGGCACGUACAAGCACCGUUCAUUAACUGGCCAAUAUUAAACUAGAAAUACGCCUCUCAUGCUUACAGAUAUCUCCUAACUGUCUUUGUUACACCGAGGAAACAGAAGACCUCUGCACCCAGUCUACCUAGAAACGAACAUGACCUAAGUUACAAAUAUGACCUUGCAAUUAUUAGACAUCUUCAGAAGUAACACUGCCCUGCUUUGCAACGUGAUGUACAAACCCACUCCCUGACGUGGCCUCUCGUGAAUUUUAUCACGAGUAAGUUGAGAGUCAUGGUGUGCAUUCAAGGGGGACCAAGUGAUGAUAUAAGCCCCUCAGCGUACGGUGGUAAAGGUUAAGCACAAGUAAUCAGCACGUACCUGUGCUAGCAACUCAGGCAAGUCUACAAACUUUCAAGAGAAGCCCUAUCUCAAAAGAAUCAUGGCGAUUCAACUCACAAUACUAUUCCUUUUGUGUGCAGUUUUGUCUGUGGUCGCCUCGAUCAGUGUGUUGAGAGUGUCAACAACUUAUGGAGAGAUCGAAGGUCUGACCAUGCCUUCCUACCCAAGUGUCUCCACGCAAUUUAUAUCUGUCAGCAAGUUUCUAGGCGUUCCUUUCGCCGCUCCACCGAUUGGAACACUUAGACUAAAACCUCCACAGCCACCAAAUUCGUGGGAGCCGAACAUUCGUCAAGCUAAAACCCAUGGAAAUAUCUGCUGGCAGGACACAACUUUUGAAUUUAUCUUCAACCCUUACGGAAGAAAUUACACGGUGAGUGAGGAUUGCCUGUAUCUCGACGUCUACACUCCAAACAUCAGCUUGAGUUUACCAGUGAUGGUUUACAUUCACGGCGGAGGCUAUGGAUCAGGUGCAGCGAUUGGGUAUCCUAGCGAGGUAUUGGCUCUUCAGGGAGUGGUGGUCGUUGUGAUUCAGUAUCGCCUGGGUCCAUUUGGCUUCCUGACGACUGGAGACUCAGCCGCACCUGGAAACUUUGGAAUGCUGGAUCAGGUGGAAGCGCUAAAGUGGGUUAAGGACAAUAUUGACAAAUUUGGAGGUAACGCUAACAAGGUGACUAUUUUUGGAGAAAGUGCUGGUGGAUCGAGCGUGACGCUUCACUUGUUAUCGCCUUUGUCCGAUGGCCUCUUUCAUCAGGUCAUUGCGGAGAGUGGCGUCGACGUGAGCCCCUGGGCAACACAGUCCGUUUCAUUUGGGGUUGGCUUCGCUAAAGAACUUGCUCAAAAACUGAACUGCCCAACGGAAAACCACAAAAAAAUGGUGGGUUGUAUACGCAAGAAGGACGCUGUAGACGUACAGAAAGCUUCUACUUCAUCCAACUAUCGUUUGGUUGAUUAUCUUCAGUGGGCACCUGUGGUAGACAAAUUCUUUCUCCAUGACACACCUCAGAAUUUGCGAAAAAAGGGAAGUUUCAAGAAAACGCCGCUCAUGAUAAGUUUUAAUAGUAACGAGGCUGGAAUCAUUCUUGGUGGCAUGGCCAACUCUUUGAAGUUGAUGGGUAGUGUAGAACAAGGAGUCAACUCUUCCUUUUUUUGCACUUUCUUAUCAAGGCUUGCGCAUGCUCGUAACUUGGGCUACUCGUAAGUAUACUGUUUUUUUAUUAUCCGGGUUAGUUUUUUCUUUUUUAUCAUACAUAUCUGAUGAAUUAGAAGUCACAUAGACUUCCCACUAAACCACUGUUUUGAACGCAGAACUGAAGUUGCGAAAAUGAGGGAUGAAAAUUAAAACGGACCCUUACAAAGUCUAAAUUUCACAAAGCCUACUUCUUUUCUCUCCCAAACUUUGAGCCUCUUCCUUAAGAAGCAUUGGAUGGUCAAGGCGCCAGUGUUUAUGUCAACCGAAAUUCAAGAGCAUUUUGUUUCAUAAUCUGCCCGAUGUAAAUGAAAGCUGAGAUAAGAGACAAUGAUGCUUUGAUAAACUCUUCGAGACAAAUUCUGACCAAAUCAGUGUAAUUACACACUAUAACUUUACUCUACCUUGAUAAGUGGCUCAAAAAAGAUGAAAGUGCCUCUCCUUUCUAUCUCUUUUGUUGUUGUUGUUGCUGUUACAACUUUUUUAAUAUUCAUAAAAAAGAUUUCCGCUGAUUUAUUCCUCAGAGAGAAGACCGCUGACGUUAUCGCAGACGCUUUAAAGUUCAUGUACACCCCAUGGCCGGAUAACAAUGAUAGAUAUGCACUGAGAAACCAGCUUGUCAACGUCAUCAGUGAUUACUUCUACUUCGCACCGAGUCACGAAGUCGCUGAUAUUCACAGCCGAUAUGCUUCAGUGUACAUGUACGAGUUCGCUCAUGAUACGAAGGUCACCAUUGGAGCUCCGUGGAUGGGUGUGGUCCAUCUUGACAAUGUUCCUUUUGACUUUGGUAUACCACUAUCACCGGACGGUUUCCGAUAUGACGCAGCUGACAGGAAUGUCAGUCUGUUUAUUAUGGCCGUCUACGUAAACUUUGCACGGACCGGUGAUCCAACACCACAGUCGGUCAGUGGUGUUACUUGGAGUGGCUACAACUCAAGCCACAGGGCGUACCUGCGAGUGGACCCAAAUCCCAAGAUGGCUUCAACGUUUUACCCGCUGCGUAUGGCCUUCUGGAAUCAUUAUCAUCCUAAACUGGUACAGCUGAAGUUCGACACCAAGAUAGUGGUCACUUUUACGGCAAACGGCGAGCGUCAAUUUGUGCCACUUGACCAAUUUUAUCCUUGACUUAUGCUUUACUGUUCAUUACUGAGCCUGUGUGCAGAGCCCUCGCCCCUCCCCUCAGUAAAAAAAAUCGAUUUUUCUAAGGGGGGGGAGAUCUCUCCAAAUGCUAUUCAUUACUUUUACCAUAAAAUAACUAACUUCACGUUAGUUUUGUCUAUAACGACUGUUUUGCCUUUUAACGUCUCCCUAAAUCUCUCUAACUUUUGGCAGCUUUGUCGAUUUAAAAUAGGCACGGCAUUCCUCACACUAACACUGGACCUUUUACAGAGAUAACAAGAUAUGUCUAUAAUUUUUAAACUUACAGACUCUUUAUAAAGGUGGAAAUUUUCCUCUCUUUCUCACAGAGAAAACAAAAUGUCUGUAAAAUCAUUUUUGCAGACAUUUCAUGAAGCUGUUUUAAAUAUUAUAUCGAGAAUGAUUAAGAAAAGUCUGUAUAGUUGAGGUCUCUCUCCCGAGAGCAGAUUGCUUUUCUUCUGUACUUACCACUGAGAAUGAAAAGCCUUCUUUCCUGGCUCCUUACCGGAGUAUAUGUUUUAUCAAUACGACAUUCUAAACUUUUUUAGGAAGCUUUUGCCUUGAACACCUUCUGAUAGAUUAUUCAUAAAAUUAACAAAAGAAAGAAAACUGCCUUGAACACAACUCUGCUUAAUGCCUAGAACGGUAGAACGAGUAUCGAGUUAACUUUUCGAAUUUUAACUGGAAAAGCCUGCCGCCGUCGUUGUUUUAUCCAUUUUAAGUUAAUGUAUGUAAAACGAAAGGAGUAUUUUUAAAAAUGACACUCAAACAAGUUAUCAGUGAUUUUAAAAUCAAGGAAAUGGUUUAGGCAUUUUUUCUUCUUUGGCCGUGGCAUGGGCUAAGAAAAAUGUUCGUUCAAACGGAGGAUUCCCCUCCCCUCACUCCAAAGGCCAUAAUUUUUGUAAUGGUGGGUCAUAUAUUUCACAGUUGUUUCUCCUGGACACUUGAUGAGGGUCUGGGUGGGAUUAACUAACAGCUGACAAAUGGCCAAAAUUUUAACUGACAACUGACAUUUGAACCCCCCCACCCAGACCCUCCUUGAUCCAAAAGUCUUCGUUUGGAGCCACGGCCUCAGUCUCCGAGCCGUGCAGGACCUUCGCAGGACAUUGCUAGAAUAUGGUAGAGAGCAUCUGGAACAUUUUUGAUGGUUUGGAAUGCGUACAUCUAACCAAACCCGGCGUAGCUAAUCGAACGUUCGGUAAUCGAACUCAAUCGAACUUAAUCGAACUCAAUUUAUGGAUUGAGCUCGAUUGAUUCAAACUGAUUCAGUAAUCGAACAUAAUCGAACAAGGAAAUUUUCUGUGAGUUCGUUUAACGAACUAAUCGAACUCAUUGAUCGAAUCAAUCGAACACAAUCGAACAAAAUCCAUGAAACACGUUCGAUUGCCGGCCCGGUAAUUGGGAGAUUGGAUGCAAUUGACCCGGGAAUUGAGCGCUAACUCUGGUACAGCUACAAAACCAUCCUAUCAAACACAAAAUGUUGACGUGCUUUUAGUUAUUGAGCAAACCAAACUGUCAACAGUAACAAUAACAACCUGACUUUUUUAAUCUUGUCAAAAAAAGGUGCAGAAACAACCAAGGUUAUCGAAAGGUUAAAGACAUCGGUGUUAACAAUAAUAGCUUGAACUGGAACGGACCCAUCUUCAUCCCUAAUUCAUCUCUUGGAAAUUACUUAGUUCUCUGGUCAGAGUGAGAAGUGAUACGAUCUCAAUGCUUUACAUCAUUUUGACAGCUCGAAGUGGGGUUCCAAAACUAUCACCGACAAAGAAGAAAGAACGGUAUGUACACACUCCUGGCCAGUAUUCCAAGGAGUAUGGAACUCGGGAUGGAAGCAGUAGACCCCAGGAGGAUGGAACAGAAGCAAUUCUGUGGUUAAAAAAUUCAUAGUUAACGUGCGUGAUGUUCUUUAUUGUUUCUUCAGGCGUCCAAUAUAAUGCGUGCAGCUCUUUUUUGCAUCCGUAAGACUCUUUCUUGCUAGCAAUUCCUUACUGCAAUUAAGAUGACCAGAUUGGACUGAGGUACAACAUAACUGGCGCUAUAGCAGCGAGACAGAAAAUUACUACGUGGCUUUGCGUGAGGUAAGGUCGACUAAUAUGCCUCAAAAGUCCACGUCGUUUUGACAUUUUCUUACAUAAUUCAUCUAUCUGGGCUGGCACCGUAAACUGAUAAUUUCUUCAGUAGUAGAUUGUGAUCGAUUACUUCAAAAGCUUUACCGAAAUCAACAUAUACUAGUCCCGUGACUUCAUCAUCAUCCAUUUUAAACAAAAUUUCGCCUCCUUGAUUCUGAUAAGUGCCGUUUCAGUGGAAUGACCAGAACGUAACGGAAAGCUGAAUGUAAUUCAUACAGCAAAUUGUUCUCUUGAAGACAUUUUAAUUGCGAGUUUGCUACAUUUUAGCGAAAAAAGAGUUACUUAAUACCGUCAUGGUGAUAUAAUAAACGAAGAUUCAAUUUACAGGGUAGGAAAAAAAACUACUUCCUGAUACAAGCUUUCGAUUCCUUCGCGGAAUCUUUAUAAGUUUCCUACAUGUUUUUCGAGGAUUUUAGAUAGAAUUUGUCGCACUGGUAUGGGGCGACAGUUGUUUCUUUCACGUUGCUGACCACUUUUGUGCAGUUGUUUAACUUGACCGAUUUUCCAUUUAUCGGGGAAAAUGUUAGUUGCAAUUGAUAAGUUCAGUCAAUCAGGACAAGCGAGUUCAAGUCCGGCUCUCACCGCUAACUCGAGUCCAGAUUUUUUGAAAAAUAAUCGGCCAAGCUUUGAAAGGGGCUAAUAGUAUGUUGUUUCAUCUAAUCUGAUCUAAUUGAUGGUAAAAAGCGCGGUAAACAAUAUACGAGGGAGAGACCAAGUGAACAUUCAUCACGUCUAUUUAUACGAUUACUCUUAGUGCUUUCUCGAUCCUCGCCCGAGCCUCCCGACAGAGUCACGGACUAUUGAAAGAGCAAAUGACACCACGUGUUGUAAAUAGAGGUGAUGAUUGGCUAUGAUCGUGCUUGACUUGGCGCUGGGCUCUCCGAUGUCGUAUGCAAUCAACGAGAUAAAUCAAGUUUUUAGAGCCGUUUAAGGGGUCAUUUAUUCGUCUGCAUUUCUUUAUGGUAUAAACCUGUUUUUCAGACAGUUGUGAUAACAUCCACCAACCUGACUGAGGAAUCGUAAUCGGGCUUCUAGCCUCUUGACAUGACAGCAGCAAAUAAUUUCCUUUUAAGGAAAAAAACACAAGGAUAUCUAUUCAAGCUUGUUCACUUCUAAUUUUGUACUUCACAUAAUCACUAAUGCUUUUAGAAAGCUUCACCUCAACUCAGAGCAACUUGCACGCAACCUUCUUUUGACUUUGUUGUCUCACCGUUCAACCGAUCAGGCUGUAAAAUGCACGUUUUGAAGCUUUUUUUAUUUGUUUGUGUGUUCCUUAUUUUCUUCUAGAGUUUUUCUGUGAAGGUCGUGAAUGUAUCUAAGUGCGCAAUAAUAUAAGAGAACUCGGUAUGACUCUUCAUUUCAGCACAUUUCAGUAAAUUUGUAGAAAAUUAUUCAAUUGCUCAUGAUACCGUGACACGAAAAACAUAAAUAUAUACACUGUAUCACUGCAUAAAUUACAUAGAUAAUUAAUAUCACGUUUAUGCCAUAAAUAACAACAUACGUUCACUUUGUUGUAUGACGUACUCUCAUGUUUCGUGACUUUUACUCCGCCCCUGCGUGAAGAAUAUAAGCAGUGCACAGAAGUAUUUUUCAGAACGUAGCAUUUUCCUCGAGUAGAAGCAUGGCUGUUGUUCAGCUAACGAAGUUGUUAAUAUUCUUUUCGUGUCUAUCUCUCGUCCCGGCCGUGACUGUGUCAACAAAAUAUGGAGAGAUCGAAGGUCUUAUAACCUCAUACCCGAAUGCUUCUGGUCAGUACAAAUCAAUAAGCAAGUUCUUGGGGGUUCCUUUCGCUGCUCCGCCGAUUGGAGAGCUAAGGUUUAAAGCCCCACAACAGCCGAAUGGAUGGAAAGGAGUUCGCCAAGCAAAGAAGCAUGGAGGCAUCUGUUGGCAGGGUCAAUUGCUUGACUUAUUUACGAAAAUAUUCGACCCCAAUUUCACAUACAGUGAAGAUUGCUUGUACCUCGAUAUUUACACCCCGAACGUCAAUUUGAGUUUGCCAGUGAUGGUUUACAUUCACGGUGGAGGUUACGAGUUUGGUACCGCAAUUACUUAUCCCGGCGAUCAUUUAGCCCUACACGGAGUUGUAGUUGUAGCGAUAGAAUAUCGUCUUGGUCCAUUUGGAUUUUUGACAACCGGAGACUCCGUGUCCCCUGGAAAUUAUGGAAUGUUGGACCAGGUGGAGGCAAUGAAGUGGGUCAAAGAAAACAUUAUGCAUUUUGGCGGGAAUCCCGACAAGGUGACCAUCUUUGGAGCUAGCUCCGGCGGAACAAGCGUUAGUCUCCAUCUCCUGUCUCCUCUAUCAAGAGAACUAUUCAACCAAGCCAUUGCAGAGAGCGGUGUUGAUCUGAGCCCUCAGGCAUUUCAGCCAACAUCCUUUGGUGUCCGUAACGCUAAGGAGCUUGCUCGGAUUUUGGACUGUCCUACGACAGACCACAGUGCAAUGGUUACCUGUCUGCGCAAGAAAGAAGCCCAGGACAUACUGAAAGCCUUAAAAUCAACGCGAUUUGAAAUCGUGGAUCCCACACAGUGGGGUCCGGUGGUUGACAAAAACUUCCUUCAUGACACGCCCCAGAAACUGCGAGCGACAGGAAACUUUAAGAAUGCGACUUUCAUGAUCAGCUUUAACAGUAACGAAGGCGGAGGAGCUUUGGGGAUAAUGGUGAACAUGUCUUAUAUGGGAAUCAUGGAGAGUGUGGACAAUGGAGUGAGUCCGGAUUUCUUCAAAACGUUUCUCAAGAAGUACGCCUAUGUUCGGCACAGCAGGUUAGUAAAAUUAACAUGUCUAUGAUUCAGGGCCGUAGCUUCCUAAAACAAUUAUUCAGUUUAAUGUGGUUGAGAGAGCAUAUCCCUGGAUGAAGGAGAUAUUUUCUGAAGAAACAUUUUAUGAAAAAUGCUGAAAAUAGAUUUUCAUCAGAGACUGCAGAUUUCAAGCUUUUCUUGUCGGUGUGGGGGGUGUGGGCAUGCCCUCAGACCACCCUAGUGGAUGGUGCCUUUGGCGGUUACAGAUCUUUCGAUUCGUUUGGGUCGGCUUUCGUUUUUAACAGAAUGUUUAGGGGCAUUAGAAACUUCAUGGCACCUUUAGUAGUCUUUUCUACUCAGUCAUUAAAUAAAAAUAACGUUUGGCAAACUUAGUGAUCAAGUACAAUGAAAACCUUACAAAACACUUAAUAUGCUUUCGUCCUUUUUCAGUAAAAAGACAGCCGAUGUCGUCGCGGACGCCAUGGAAUUCAUGUACACCCCAUGGCCUGACACCAGUAAUAGGUACGCACUGAGAAGCCAGCUUGUUGACCUAAUCAGUGAUUACUACUACUUUGCUCCCAGUCACAAAGUAGCCACUAUCCACAGUCAAGUUGCCCCGGUUUACAUGUACGAGUUUGCUCAUAGAUCAAAGUUCAGUUUCACACCCGAGUGGAUUGGUGUCGACCAUGGCGUUAACGCAGCAUAUGAUUUUGGAUACCCUCUGGUACCUAUAUGGCCCUUCCAAGACAGCCAAGCUGACAAGAAUGUCAGCUUGUUCAUCAUGGCGGCGUACGCUAACUUCGCCAGGACUGGCAAUCCGACAGCGCAGCUGGUCAGCGGUAUUGAUUGGGCGAAGUUUAACUCCACUCACAGAGCGUACUUACAAGUUAGCGUAAAUCCAAGUAUGGAAUCGUCGUUUAAUCCUCGUCGAAUGUCUUUCUGGAACGAUUACUAUCCUAAGCUGCUGCAGCUGAAAUUUAGUACCAAAGAAGACGUGGUCAGCGGUGUACAUCGCGUUACGAUGGAAGCUCUUGCCCAGAUUGUAUGCUUCCUUAUUUUGAUAAUAUUGUAACUUUAUUUAGCUAACCGAAAACAGGAGCCCAUAACCCUGCCGAAAACGAUAGUGAUAAAGUCUUUCCCCUUUUUUUUUUUAAAAAAAGAAAGAACAACUAACUGAUUUGUGAGUAGCCAAACUGUGAAAUAUCUCGUCCAAGCUUCACUCACUCACCACCUUUUAGCCUCUGUUCUUGAUCCCCUUUUUACUUCCAAUAGAGAAAUAAAUCUGGCCGAAUUUUGUUCUCCUCUUCCGUCAAGCAUUUUUUUUUAUGACAAAAACUGUCCAAAGUAGACAGUACAACAACUAAGAUUACGACCAUUGCUUUUAUAAGAAAAAAAAAUUCCUCCUUUCUCCCUCCCCGCUCUUUCUAAUCAUCCUCUCCUUUGCUAGUGCGAUUUUCAGGCCAAAACCUGCCCUUUGGCCCUUUUUCAGGCAAACGGCUGUAAUUCUCGCACUGUGUUUGUUUUCAAAAAAUCGGCUAGACAUAUUUAUUGCAAUAUGUUGUUCUGUUAGACCUGUAAAAUGACUUACCCUUUAUGAUUAUGGCAUUUUCAACAUAUAAUUAUAAGCUUUCAGGGUUCUAAACUUUGUAAAAGUAAAGUGAUGACAAAAAUUAAAAGUUUCUCCCUCUCAGAAACAUUCAAGAAGGAACUAAAGUCAUGACUUAUGGACAAUUAUUAAUCGCCCAGAAUUUUACGGUUUACAACACCAUAACAAUAUUUUGACCUUCCGUUUUUAUAAUACUGGUACCCAUUAGUUCUUUGUUUUUUCCGUGUGUAUUAUACUACCUUCUGCAAAGCACCAGUUGAAUUUUUUAAUCAGACUGAAAACUUUGAGAGCAUACUUAUUAAAUUCCGUAUUUUAAAGCUUAAUCUCUAUGAUGCUACAGGAUUUCAACAAAAACCGAACAUAAGUCUGGGCAUCAAAACACCAGCAAAGGAGCACGCACGGCAUUGUGGGAUGUCCAAUACGUAUACUUGCGAAUAACUUAAACAACCUAAACAUUCGGUUUUUAAACUAGAACCGUUUAACAUUUUGGCUCUGUUCACAAGGUACUGACGAACCAGGUUGUUCAGUUGUUUUACCUUUUAUUUAUGCACAGAGCGCUACUUCAGGGAGGGGGAAGUGGAGGGGGAGGAAGUGGAAUAAGGGAGAGGGGGGAUUGGGGGGGAGGAGCCCUCAUAGGAACCCUCUCCCUUCUCCCUUUCGCGCUUUUCUCCCCCUCCCCUCCCAUUUUUUGUGCCUUUCACGCAGGCUACGCUGUGUCACUUUCCCCUAGGGAAGCAAUUUUCACGCGCGCUAGAGGAAGUUUGCUCCAUUUUCUUUUCGUGAAGAAAAUGAAGAACUACGCGUAGCUUCUGCUUCAUGAUCAGAUCACAGUUUAGUAGCAAUAGGCUAAUUUAGCAACAGAAGGGAACGUCAGUUGACGACGGCGCGCGCAAAUGCAAAUCAAACAACUGGCUUGACCAAAGGCAGAGCGGCAAAUUGAGCACCGGAAGUCGUGUUUAGUCCUUUCCGCGCGCUUUCCCGUCGUCAACUGACCUUCCUGUCCUGUUGCUAAAUCAGCCCUAAUAUCAAAGGGUUUACGGCCGCUUCCUAGUCAUAUUCCGGACACACUUUCUAUUUUUUUCUUUCCACACUCCUCUACCACUUGUUCACUCUCCUUUUUUCACACUCGAGCGGUUGUAGAAGAAGUAGUCGUCUUAGGCUAUACUGUUUACCGUUCAGUUGCGGAUCUAGGGGAGGAUCUCGGGGCUCCACCUACUUAUUGGCAGGAGCCCAUCACCCAGAUGGUGAUGAGCUCCUGUUAUUGGUCAAACUGGGGCCCGCAGGGCCAACAAAAAAUACUUUCGAGGCCUGCCUCACUCUUUUCCUAAGUACUGGAUGCGCCCCUCACCCCCGCUAACUUACUUAAAGAUCUGAUUCCACCACAGUCUGUUGUUGUUGCUCUUCCAUUCUAACUAAUUUUCCAAUGAGUGUUUUGUUUUGUUUUGUUUUUGUUACUUUUUCAGCUUCAGUGUAAUCAGUAGAGAUAGUUUCGCGUCACGCAAUGGUUUUAGUGUGAUAUUUUGAUAUUAGAAUGCCGACACUUGACCUCUUUAAACACUUACUCAUCUCCAGUCAGUGGGUCACUUAUAUAACACUGAUGUGCAUAUCCCGGGGGGAUGUUCCUGGGAAUUCUUGGUGGACGUGUGUUCCCCGUUCUCCAAAUCCGGACCCCUUCCUUAGACCAAAAAGUGAUAUUUUUCACACCGUUUUAAGUCCUGGCUUCUAAGAAAUCAUGUCAUCAUAACUUUCGUAAGGACAGCUAUAAAAAAAUUGCUUAAGAUUUUGUAAAAUCUAUUUCGAAUUCUCAUAUUUCUCUUUCUUUCUUACUCAUUUGGAAUUGAAACGAUAAAUGCAUUGUUCCCUCGAAAACCAUACCCGAUUCUAGACCAAAAUGGGCAAAGUCAAAACCCGUUUUCAGACAAAACGGUUCAAAAACCUUACUCUUUGGGGCGGCACAUACCCUAUAUGGCUUAUAUAAGGGAGUCCCCCCCUCCCCCGGAAGCAUAUUUAUUUCCAGGUCUUUCGCAAUAGCUCAUAAGUUGCUGAUUGAAUUUAUGAGCAACGUUUUUUUAGUCUCUAUAAUUCUAGAAGAUCGAGGAAGUGCCAUGACAUCACCCACAGCCAUUUUCAUAUUCUGUGCAUUUUUGCCUUGCGUUCCGUCAGUUAUAGUGUCCACCAACUACGGAAGCAUUGAAGGUCUCGUGACAUCGCAUCCGUAUGCCUCCGGUCCUUUCAAAUCCGUUAGCAAGUUUCUUGGCGUUCCUUUCGCCGCUCCACCGAUCGGAGAGCUAAGAUUUAAAGCCCCACAACCGCCAAAGGAAUGGAAACCAAAGGUUUAUUCGGCUAAAACGCGUGGAAACAUCUGUUUGCAGAUGGGAAGCUUUGCAUUCUAUAAUGAGUACCUCAAAUUGUUUACAGAAAGUCCUGUCUACAAUGAAGACUGCCUUUAUCUUGACAUCUACACCCCGAACGUAAAUUUGAAUUUGCCAGUCAUGGUUUACAUUCAUGGCGGGGCUUACGAGUUUGGUUCAGCUGUGACAUCCCCUAGCGAUAUAUUGGCAUUACAAGGGCUGGUAGUGGUUAUCAUACAAUACCGCCUUGGGCCAUUUGGUUUCUUGACGACCGGGGAUUCGGCUGCUCCUGGAAAUUUUGGAAUGCUGGAUCAAGUGGAAGCACUAAAGUGGAUCAAGGACAACAUAGAGAAUUUUGGCGGCAAUCCCAACAAGGUGACCAUAUUUGGACAAAGUGCCGGCGGAACUAGCGUAAGCCUUCAUCUGAUGUCCCCCCUCUCAAAAGAUCUCUUCCAUCAGGCUAUCGCAGAGAGUGGAGUAGAUUUGAGUAGCUUUGCGAUUCAGCCAACUUCAUUUGGUGUCAGCAACGCUGCAAAACUGGCUGAAAAACUGAGCUGUGCUGACAAAGACCAAAAUGCUAUGAUACACUGCUUACGUGAAAAAGAAGCUUCAGAUAUAAAGAAAGCUGCCGAUUCAAUCGCCGCAGACGCAAUUGCAAAUACCCAAAGUUUGCCCGCCUAUCUGACCUGGGCGCCCGUUGUGGACAAAAACUUUCUUCAUGACACACCUCGAAAUUUGCGAUACAAAAGGAAUUUCAAGUCAAAGCCAUUCAUGAUCAGCUUUAACAGCCAGGAAACCGCGGAGAUUGUUGGCGUUUUAUUCAACAGUUCGUCCUCUGGAGUAAGCCAGGCCUUUUUCAAAACGUUAAUCAAGGUGUUUACUCAUUCUCUCCAAAGGAGGUAAGAUAGAAGAUGAUAUCGGUCGUUUCUUACUCUUUCCGGGUGUUCAAUGUUGCGCCGUUUACAAUUUACACUCAAAGGAUCCCCCUGAAUGGUGGCUACGGCAUCUCAAUUAUGUUUUUAAUUCAGCCCUUCUUCCACUCCCGAGCAGUAAAGCACCACAGUUUUCUUCAAAAAACCUUCAUAUUUUUAUAGUGGCCAGGGUUAAAACACCUUAUAUUUAAUUAUAAAAUAACUAAGAUAGAACGCGCGCUCUGAUUGGCUGAGAGGAGUGUUUGCAUGAGAGUAUGUAAACAUGAUUGUGACGUCAACAUGUUUUGCUUUUCGCGCGCUAAUCACGAAAGCACGAAUUUGAAAAAGCUUUCAAGUUCAAAACUCUACAAGUUUACUUUACCCAUUCCUUCGUCGGCUGAAACUUGGAAAAUCGUUACAAAGAAAGUGUGUCGUUUUUUUUUUUUCGCUUAAGCUGUCAUUUUAAGCGAGAAAAGUCCGUAUUUUGGAAAGCAUCUUUUUAUAAAACAAGCUGAAUUAAGCGUGCAAGACUUCGGGGAUAAGACUUUUCGACUGGUAAGAAUUUCUCUUUUAAUCAGUGCCAUACAAAGAGUUUUGCGUUUUUUCUCGGGAAAUUUAUUUUAUAAAAGCAAUAGAAAACUAUUUUCCUGUGUUUGCAUAGCCUGAUAUAACAACUCGAGGCGUUGGGAGAAUUCUCGACUGUUAUGUAAACCCUCGACUUCGUCUUGGGUUUGCAUAACUGUCUCGAAUUCUCCUAACCUCUCUCGUGUUGAUAUCAGGCUAUGCAAACACGGAAACGGUUUCUAUUGCUUAAAUAACGUAAUUUUCUAAAUCAUGAUCAAUGUUCUAACAGCAACAUCAAAAUGUACUUUCUAGAGUAGAGCUCACUGACCUCAUCGCAGACGCCUUGGAGUUCAUGUACAUCCCAUGGCCAGACAACAGUGAUAGAUAUGCACUGAGAACGCAACUUAUAGACCUUCUCAGUGAUUACAUCUACUUUGCACCUAGUCACGAGGUCGCUGACAUUCACAGUCAAACUGCCCCUGUGUAUAUGUACGAGUUCGCUCACCGCCGAGUGAAGUACAAUCAGAACCCAACCUGGACGGGAGUGGUCCAUGGUGAUAACGUACCGUACGACUUUGGACUUCCCCUCCUUCCAAAAUUUGGGUUUGCUUUUGACGAUGCCGAUAGAAACGUCAGUGGUUUUAUAAUGGCUAUGUACGCAAACUUUGCACGCUCCGGCGAUCCUACUGUCAGCGGUAUUCCUUGGGACAAGUACAACUCCAGUCAAAGAGCUUACCUACGAGUUGACAUAAAUCAUAGGAUGGAGGCGUCAUUUAAUCCUCGCAGAAUGUCUUUCUGGAAUAAUUAUUAUCCCAAACUUAAGCAACUGAAAUUUGAUACUACAGGUGCUGUAAAGAACGAUGCCAGCCCCUUGGUUGCCAUGGGAACGUUUAGUCAAAUUGUAUUUGUCCUACUUUCAGCGAUGCUUUAAUAGCAGAGCAAUGUUUAAUAGGCAACAGAUGCAGUAGAACGGUGUAACAAUUAGAUAAAUUCGAAUAAAAUUCUGGAAUGAAGCUGUUAUCUACCUUGAUAAUUGACCGUGAUCAAAAGUGGGAAAUUAGCAAUUUUUUUAUUAUUUAUUUUAAUCUAAUCAUCACUGUUGCCCUAACUGUUCAAAGUUUUAUCAUUUGACAGAAGAUUUAACACGCUUACCAUUUUUGGCUUGCAAUUUGCAAUAUUAUAGAAAGCAAGUUUCCAAGAAUUAUUCAUAAAACCACGAAUAAAGCGCUGCCCGCCUAAGGGUGAAUUUCCACUUUCGCGUAAAUUUUACUUGCGUACAUACCUAAAUUUUACGCGCGUAAAUAAAAUAGAAGCAAUGCGUGAAAGGUGCGCUCAAACGUAAAAGUUGAGCGAGGUUCGACUUUUACGUUCACGCGCGACCUUCAAUACAUUGCCUCUAUUUUAUUUAUGCGCGUAAAAUUUAAGCGCCCACGCACGUAAAAAUUUCAGGACACUGGAAAUCCACCUUAACAUGUAAAACAUGGUUCGUACAACCUUGAGAAGGUCUUGCAUGUUAGUAGUCUCUUGAAAAGUCGUUGAAUUCGGUUAAGGUCCUUGAAAAGUACUUGAUUUCUUUAUUAGGUCUUGAAAAGUCCUUGAAAUUCACUACCUUCUUUACGCUACACCAUUUUCUUUAAAAUUAAAUUAUUUCGCCAAGGAAAAUUUGGCUCAUCCGCGGUGUAAGAACCUUUAAAACUUACGGGUAACGUAAAAACAUUUUUGUGCAUGAACAAUAUUUUAUUUCUGUAUCUUUCUUUUAAAUGCUAUAAUCUGUACCUCAUAUGCAACUGCACUAAGUUAUACUCAGUGACUAUUGCCUUUUUGCAAAGCGUUGUUAUGGAAAGUAGUAAAAAAUAACUGUGAUCAACCAUGGCUGAGGAAGAAAACAUCGUGUUUGAUUCCGUUAAGUGUUUUAGCCAAUAAGGUUUUCAAAAGGGGGUUAAAACAAGCCGAUUUAUUGAAUAAAUCUUAGUCCUUUAAAACUGUAAUUUAACCUUGAAAAGUCCUUGAAAUUUGUUUGUCUGAAUUUGUACGAACAAUGUAAAAGCAGUAGAUGGCAAACUUGACCAUUCGUAGACAACUCCGACAUUGCUCUAGAAGCACGACCUGUACUGGCUGCUAGAAUGUCUUCUUACUGACAGUAACUGAGCUUUAUAGCGAUCUCCCAAUUCUCUUUCAUGUUCCUUGAUGUCGAAUCCCUGCUAAUUGCGUGAUCCUAACACAUUUACUGAACGGUGACUGCAACCCCAAGUCCCUUAAGAUAAGUUAGGACGUCUGAAUGUGUUUAAUUUUUUGUAACCACAAGUAGGAAUGGCAGCACACAAGUCAAUAUCAUGGAGAAAAUACAUAGUAUUAAACGCUAUAUGCGGUUGAUGAGGAACACUUGUCCCGAUUUCAAUGGAGGCUCUACCGUGCCAGAAAUCAAGUGAACUAACGUAUUAACCCGAUAUUUAGUUUCACAGUGAGAAUGGCUUAGACAAACACUUCAAGCAAAGGUUUUGGGGAUCAUUCUGGUGGACAGUAUGAGGAAUAAGGUCACUGGUUGCUUCUAGUACUAUAGAUUAUUCCUAACUAACGAUUGUCUACCUAAACAAUCGCAGAACUCAAUGCGCCGAAAGUUUGUACCAAUUCUCCUCGCAGUUUCUCGAGUAGAGAAUGGCGUUCAUUGAACAAGUCACCCACUUUUUUAAACAUUUUAUUACGUGUUUAAUUCUGUUUUUUAGCGUGUCUUUUUAAAAGAAACUGAAGUGAUAUGUGGGUUGGAGAAUGAACCGAAAACUGGCAGCUUUCUAAUUGAUCAACCGAGUUGAUAAAGUAAAUUCACUAUAAUAUAUUGAUGACGUUUCGAAAACUAGCCCAAGGGUAAAUCAAUUUUAAGUAGUAGGAAAAUGUUAAAAUGAAUAAACAACAGACAAAUUAGCUCAAUAAAACUCUUUCGUUUACGUUCUUGAUUUGGCUUACUGUCUUACCUUGGUGUGGGGAAAGCUAGACUGCGGAUCGUCAUCUCCUCAUUAGAACGAUCGAGUAGUUAUAGUGACUAUUUUCAUUUCUCGAAGAUGUUAACGGAAGCGGUGGCCUAGCUUUCUCCCUGUUCUGCCACUGAUAGAUGACAUGCCUGGUGGUGCAUCUAAAACUGUCAGUGAUUUUAAGAAAACUGUUUGGUUCUCGAAAUUGUGUCUAUGUUUUGAGUAAAAUUUCAAGUCUGAACCUGUGCGAGCUCAUUUAAAGGUCCAGUUUUGGUAGAGUGCUUUCAGUUAUUAGACUAAGGACUUGAAAAUGCAAUCAGAUUACAUCGAGGCAGGCUUACUCGACCUACAGAUACGAAGGGAAGACUUGGGAGGCCAACGGACCGCUAAGAUCUGUCAAGUGGGUUAAAGACAAGUUGCCAGUUAAGCCCCCUUCUUUGUUUCUUGAAGAAAUUCAUUCAAACCGAUUAUUCAAAUUAUUCCGGAUGGCAUGUCGUCAGAGCUCCCAAGAACGCCUACCCCUAAAGGACCUUGCCUAGCCCACCCCUAAAGGUUUUUCUUGUCCCAUUAGCUGCCAGUAUUCACCUCUUCGAAAAUAUCUUAGUAUAAUGAUAAUCUAGCCAAUGUUACGGAAAGAACAACACAACAACUUUAUUAACAACAAAGAAACAUACACGCCCACAUGUGGCAAAAACUGUUCGAGGGACACGACAUACGUGUACUGGUACAAUUGAGACACUUUGCAAGGAAAUAAAAUAGAUUCACAACAUACCAGGAAAAAGAGAUAACUAGAAAAGAAUAAUGUCAAUUGGUAGGCCUGUCAGGUUGAAGUCACAGAUUUAGGGGUUGUUUACAUGGAGGGAGAAGGAUCCUAGUACCAGGAAAAUCCAAGAAGGCGGUUCAUCCCUGCACCAAAUGUUUUCUGUGUAUUCAGUUUACAUCCAAAAGAGUGCACUUAUCCCUCGUGGAUCUUCCCAGCUGAGUGAGAGGUAGGAAGACCCUAGCACUUCGGUAGGAAGAUCUUAGUGCUAGGGACAAACCAGACAAGAAUGGUGGUGGGUUGUUCAGUGGGUAAUCACAACAAGGCCAACCAAUUCGUUUGGCGUUACCACGAACAAAUUAUUGUGAUUAUUAUACAUUGUACUCACUAUUUGUCUUCUCAUUGGCUAAGAGCCUACAGCUAAAUUUGGAAAUCAGUGCACAACCUACAGAUUAGUUACUUAUCUGCUAGCAGAUAUAACAGACUAGUCUGUAUGUUGCGCGCGCAAUGUAUGAUUUCCAGUAACAAUACCAAUUCAGGUUCCUUGCGACGGUGUGGUUGUCGUUUUUUUCGUCAAAACAAUGUAUAAUAAAACAAUUAUUAGGUUCGGUUUUUGUGAUAUCCUAAAUAAUCAAGGUCUCGGUAAGUGUUGUCAGCCUCGGCCUUCGGCUCAGCUGAUAACACUUACCUCGACCUUGAUUAUUCCGGAUAUCAGAAAAACCUCAUCCAAUAACUGUUUAUAAUUCUGCUGAAAGGUAGUUAAUAACGCUAGUAAAGAGAGCAGAAGGACCCAAAUUACAUUCUUGUUCUUGUCAUCCGCCAUCUUAAAUUCCUUCACUACUUAGGCACCACACGGACCAAAAUUUCGGUAUGUAGACCCAACCAGGAUUUUCCUGGUACUUGAAGCAGUUGCUUCCUCCAUGUGAACAGUCCCUUAUUUGAGAUUGGUUUAUUACACUGACUGCAUUUGUUACCAAUGAACCGAUCUAUUGGAGGCAAGACAUUAAACGCAUCGCUGAAAAUACGAUAGACAAAAUCUGAAUAAACAUUCCCUUGCCACCCCCCGGGGGGCUUGAAACGCUAUUCAAUGAUCAUCACACCCGUAUAAUGAAAUUUUAGGUUUUCAGUGUGUGGAAUAGUAAUCAUUCCACAUCCAUGUCUGGCGAGGAGUAAAUGACGUCAGCAUACUGGGAUUUUACGGAGGUCAGUGUUAUAGCUUUGAGUAGAUUUUGUUCGAGUUUGUCUGAUUGGUUUACUAGGUGUUGUCGGUUUAAAAAAACCGCUCUGCAAAAAUCAAGACCUCAAAUAGCCUGUUCCAAGCGCUCAGAUAGUGGAGAGCGGUGCGAAGUAAAGAAAGCGAUGAAAAGUAGAGGGGGACUGGGGAGGGACUCCUUUUUACUUUGCAACGCUCCCCACUAUCUGAACGCCUGGAACAGGCUAGACCUCAAACAACACUGAAAGUACGAUGAGGUGGAUAUUUACUUUUUUUUAACAUCAUUGCGUCUAGGUGGCGCCAUUUGUACUAAAAAUAGCCCAACAAGCAUUUCAUAUGGUUUAGCGACGUCUCUAUUCUCGGUUAUUCUCUCCCUCUUCUUUCGCCUCUCUCCUUAAAUGACAUUAACCGAAGUGUUCAUCGAUUUAAACUAACUCUUAAGGAAAAAAAAUAACUGACAUGAACCAAUAAAAUAAAGAGCCCUAAUCUAAAGGUGUGAUUAUGGUUCCUGACCCAUGAAGUGCGACAAUAUUUUACAUUACUCAGGGCCAGCAGAGGGCAUUGUAAAUCGGUCAAGCAUUCUAAGCAGCUUUGCCACUAACAAGCUACAGAUAUAUAGGAGACAUUAACACCUCUUCUACUUUAAUGUUAGAAGUAUUUCUGAAGAAGCGAUUGACGAUGCCAGUUUCACUACUAGCAAUGUUACUGACCACUACGCUACUUUGUGCAAUGUUCCCUAUUGUCCAGUUGAUGACAGUGUCAACCAAGUAUGGCGAUCUUGAGGGCCUGAUAGAUUCCUACCCGAAUCCCUACACUCCGUUUGCAUCCGUCAUCAAGUUUCUUGGUGUUCCCUUCGCCGCUCCACCGAUUGGAAAGCUGCGGUUCAAGGCACCACUGCCGCCAAACGAAUGGAAACCGACGGUUCGCCAAGCAAAAGUGCUCGAAAAGAUCUGUUGGCAGGAUAAAACCAACGAAUUUCUAGACAAACUCUUUAAUGAAAAUUUCAUAUACAGUGAAGAUUGCUUGUAUCUCAACGUCUACACCCCGAACGUUAGCCAGAGUUUCCCAGUGAUGGUUUAUAUCCACGGUGGUGGCUACGAACUCGGUUCGGCCCUUCCAUGGCCCGGUGAUAUUUUGGCUCUUCAGGGACUGGUAGUUGUAGUGAUUCAAUAUCGUCUUGGUCCAUUUGGUUUCUUGACUACCGGAGAUUCCGCGUCCCCUGGAAACUUUGGAAUGUUGGAUCAAGUCGAAGCUCUGAAAUGGGUCAAAGAAAACAUUGAGAAUUUUGGUGGGAAUCCCAACAAGGUGACCAUAUUUGGAGAAAGCGCCGGGGCAACAAGCGUAAGCCUCCAUUUGAUGUCGCCUCUUUCCCAGGGGCUUUUCCACCGAGCUAUCGCGGAGAGUGGUGUAGACUUGUGCUCCUGGGCAAUUCAACCAACUUCAUUUGGUGUCAAUUACGCUAAAGACCUUUCUCAAAAAUUAAACUGUCCAGUGGGUAGCCACGAUGCUAUGGUAAACUGCAUACGAGAGAAAGGCGCCGCUGACAUACAAAAUGCGUCUAAGUCAACAAACAGUUAUCGGUCUGUUGAUUACCUUCAAUGGGCACCUGUUGUGGAUAAAAACUUUCUUCAUGAUACACCUCAAAAUCUACGAGGAAAAGGCGAUUUUGAGCGAGUACCGUUAAUGAUUGGUUUUACCAGCAACGAAAGCGCGGACAGUCUUGAAUCCAUGGCGGAGAAGUUUUCGGCCUGA